ACUCACACACACACACACACACACACACACACACACACACACACACACACACACACACACACACACACACACACACACACACACACACACACACACACACACACACAAUUCUCGGAUUCCUCCAUCACGGAGGUCGUGUUCGGAGCGCAUCUCCAGCCGAGCAGCGGGACGGAGGUACUGGGGGACCCGGUCAGAUCCGCGUGGUGUCGCCCAGACCCCCGGUCCCCUCCCUGCCCUCCUCUGAUUGGCUAACCGAAGGGAGGCAUCGACCGUAUGCUCUGGACGGGGUGGAGGAAACUCCGCGGAGCGCACAGCCCCCUCCCACUCGGUUAAAGUGAGGGGAAGAUGCCUUUUCUUCCUCCACCUCCAGUACCCACUCACCGACACCCCUGUCACCACCGCCGUCCGGGAGGACGGGCUCCGUGCCGGACUGAGAUGCGUGGAGCGGCGGCGGUAGCAGCGAGUGGUUGGCCGCUGCGGGAGCAGCACGUCGGGACGCGCUUCAGCUUAUAGCGCGUCUUUGGAGAGCCGAGGAUGGGCGCACUGACAAAAGGACGUUACCUUUCCGCGGGCUUCGUGCUGCUAGUUUAUUACACCGUCGCCGUGAUCUCUAAAGGGCCCCCAGGAAAUGCUCCGUCGGACUCCCUGUCGCCGGGGACCCUGCCCCACUUCCUGCAGGAGCCGGUGGACGCCUACAUCGUCAAGAGCAACCCCAUCAAGCUGCGGUGCCGGGCCGCCCCCGCCCUGCAGAUCUUCUUCAAGUGCAACGGGGAAUGGGUGCACCAGAACGAGCACGCCUCGCACGAGUACAAGGACCUCACCACGGGUAAGAGCCUCCGCGAUGGGCCUCACCAGGACCACGUCCCGGGAGAGGAACAGGGGAUAGGCUGCUGUCUGUACCUGUCAUGGCUCUCCGUUUUGACCGUUUUGAGGGGCGGCAUGUGGCUCAGGAGGUAGAGCGGCUCUGCGGGUAACCGGAAGGUUGCUGGUUCGAUCCCCGGCUCCUCCUAGCUGAGACACCUCACCCUGACUGCUCCUGACGAGCUGCGUGGUUGAAACCGCCGUCGGUGUGUGAAUGUUGUUUAUGAACCGUUGUAAGUCGCUUUGGAUGAAAGCGUCUGUUCAAUGCCCUGAAGGUAAAUGAAUGGGAUCGACUCCUGUCUGUACCCGUCAUCUCUGUUCAUUUGGACCUUCUUGGGUCUUCUACAUGUCAGCUGUUUUCGCGAUAAGUAGAGUUUGUUUUUCAUGCACCACUUCAUGUCACUUCAUUUAUCUCAACCACAUUUCCAAGUUUUUGAGUUUUUGAUUAUAUGGUUGUGAUUCUUAAGGCAUUUCAAUAAAUUAAACUGUACAGACGAAACCGAGAGUUGUUUUGCAGAAACUAA